GGUUAGAGCUGACAGUUAGUUAGUCGGCGGCGAUGGGCGCUAACGGUGUGAAUCAACUCGAUGAAAAUUCGCCAAAGCAAUUGCCAUUGACAACGGCAGGCAAAUUGGAUAAAAUCGUCGAACAUGAUGCAGCAGCAGCAGCAGCAGCAGCAGCAACAACAACAGCAAGAGAUCAGGCAACGGACUUUGAGAGCGCCAUAGAUGCAGCUGGUUUUGGUUUAUUCAAUGUGCUGCUGCUGUUGGUGGCGGUGCCAGCCGCCAUGGCCAGCGUAUAUGAGACGUCCACCAUGUCCUAUAUAUUGCCCAGCGCCGAAUGCGAUUUGAAACUAAGUCUACUCGACAAGGGCAUACUGAAUGCCAUCACCUAUGCGGGCAUGAUCUCAUCCGCCAUUUUUUGGGGCUACAUUGCCGACACGCAGGGCAGACGCAAGCUUCUUAUCUAUGGCUAUCUGGCGGACACGAUUUGCGUGCUGGGCGGUGCGCUCAGUCAGAAUGUGGUGCAGCUGAUGGUGUUCAAGUACUUGGGUGGCAUGAUCAUGAGUGGACCCUUCGCCGUGCUAAUGACGUACUUAACGGAGCUACAUGGACGUCAGUAUCGUCAGCGCGUCAUGAUGUCUAUCGGCAUCAUGUUCUCCAUGGCCACACUCAGUCUGCCCGGACUGGCGAUGGGCAUACUGCCCCAGACCUGGCAUAUACGCAUCUGGGGACUUUCACUGCAUUCGUGGCAACUUUUUGUAGCUAUAACUGCUGUGCCCAGUUUAUUGAGCUGCCUGCUCUUUCCCUUUCUGCCCGAGAGUCCCAAAUUUCUAAUGUCCAAGGGUCGCAAUGCAGAAGCAAUGGAAGCCUUUCGGUUUAUGUACGCUUUGAAUACAAGACAAUCACGCGAUGCAUAUCCAAUUAAGCAACUUGCCAAUGAGUUACCCGAGAGAGGCACUAAGGAUGUAGCUGGUGUCGAGCAGCUGGCCGAGACGAAGCCAAUUGGUUCGUUGCGUGCCGGACUGCGUCAGAUGCGACCGUUGUUUACCAAACCCUAUUUGGGACUUUCGCUUUGGGUGUACUUGCUUAACUUUUGCGUGCUGCUGGGGCAAAACACGAUGCGUUUGUGGCUGCCACAGCUAUUCGCCUCCAUCAACGAGUACGAGCAGCUAAUGGGCAGCGUAGUGGAUGAAGCCAACGCCAACGCCAGCACCAGCAUAUGCGACAUCAUUGAGUAUAGCGUUAAUCGCACUGAGACUCAGCUGCAAUCAACGCUCGGCGAGUGCAAAGUGAACAUAAGCGCAUCGAGCUAUACCAACAACUUUAUUGUGGCCGCAGCAGGUUUGGUCGCCUAUAUGCUGGCGGGAGUUUUGGUCAAUCUCGUUGGAUUCAAGCGCAUCAUGACUAUGGGUCUAUUUACGGCUGGGUCUUGUGCCAUGGGCAUGUAUUGGUCGAAUAGCUCCAUUAGCACAGUGGCGCUGGCUUCAAUCUUUGUGACCAUGGGCAGCAUAUCGUCCACAUCUGUGAUCAGCGCUUCGCUCAACAUUUUCCCCACUGCGCUGCGCACGAUGAUCGUCUCGCUGGGCAUGAUGGUGGGUCGCAUGGGCUCACUGGUGGGCAAUGUUGUCUUUCCCGCCCUCAUGGGAUUGGGCUGUGUGCCGCCUUUUCUCAUGGUUAGCUUUUUCAUGUUCUUUGCCUGCCUGUUGGCCUCCUUUUUGCCACUGAAGAACAAGGCUGUGCUCAAGUAGGCAGCCACAUGUUUCCAGCAUAUUCCAUUCAUAGUUGUUGGCCUUCAACUCAUAAUUAAGUUAGCUCUUUUUUUUUUUUGUAUGCCUUAGAAGCUGACAACACUGAAUUUUGUUAUUUAAAUAUAUAGUUAGCGUAUAAUAAACUGCAGCUCACAACUUUUGUGGCUACCCUCCUCCAAUGCUA